GAUAUUUCCAAUUUUACGAUAUCCCCGUUUCAAAUGAACCGACUGAACGCGCAGCGUUCUGUGUUCUCACACAGAAUAUUUGAUUAUCCAUCCGAAUCGCUCCAGUCGGAUCGCUUGCACGAGAGUUCACGUGCUCGAAAGCUCGUGCGCAAUGCUACGUUACUCUCGCUGAUCGCUGCGCUCGAGAGGAGCCAGAUGACACCAAGGCCAGGCGGCGCGAGAGAUUUCUCGCAGUGAGAACGCCGAGUUCACUCGCGAAAAAGAGAGCGAGAGAACGUCCGAGACGAAAAAAGAGCCCCCUCGUUAACAGAGCCUGACCAGGGUCAAUUGCGAGCGGGACAUCCCUGAUGGGUUGUCUGAUCCUUCAGAAAAUCAUCAGAUCCUUCAGUCCCCACCAAUAUACAAUUCCUGACGAGGCCCCUCCAAGAUAGUCUCGUCUCCUUACGUCCCCCCCUCGUCGGCAUUUGCCUCCCACGUUCUCCAUGGAGUCUCACCUGGUCGGUAGCAUCCUCCUGCACUCCCGACGAGGACUUUCUCCGAAAGACGGCCAACUAUAUAAGCGAGAUGCACGCUGUUUGAAGCACGUUAGACGAAAUCGCACGGGUGCGUCGAGCAGGCCACGUCGAGCCGCCGCGCCCCGAUUGCAUCUAUAUUUUUCCAUUCGUAAGUUCACCCCGCAUAUACGCGACACGGUAACUUGGGAGAGAAAGAGGGAGAGACAGCACUUUCGUUCGUACGAAACGGAAAUUCGUGCAUGUGACUCGGCGCCGAGGAACGCCACAGAGACCUCUACGAGACUUCGAUCGUCGGGGACCAUGAGGCCCGCGAGAAGCUGGGCCCCGUUGGCAGUGACCGCGCUGGUCGCGACGGCUCUACUGCUGAGGCCCAUCCACGCCGAUGCGCCUAUUUCAGGCAACUAUCUACCACCGUCAACCAGUUACGGCACACCUAAUCUAGGAGGUGGCGGUGGUGGAGGUUAUUCCGGCGGCGGCGGUGGAGGAAUAUCGACGAGCUACGGUGCGCCUUCAGGUGGCGGCGGCGGCGGCGGCGGCGGCGGCGGUGGCGGUGGUGGCGACUCUACGAUUUCUCAUCGAGAAUCAGCUAUGGAGCACCUAGCUCUGGUGGAGGUGGAAGUUUCGGCGGCGGAGCACCGUCCUCCAGUUACGGAGCUCCAUCUCGUCCCUCCGGCAGCUACGGGACACCAUCCGUAG